AUGAUUACUUUUUUCUUUCUUAAUUUCUUUCUUUCUUUAUUCCUUUCUUCUUUCUUUGUUUCUCUGUUUGUUUCUUUUUUUCUUUGUUUCUUCCUUUCUUUCUUUGUUUAUUUCUUUCUUCAUUUCUUUCUUUCUUUCUUUGUUUAUUACUUCAUUUCUUCCUUUGUUCGUUUCUUUCUUUCUUUUCUUUCUUCCUUUGUUUGUUUGUUUGUUUGCUUCUUUCUUUCUUUGUUUGUCACUUUCUUUGUUUAUUUUUCUUCCUUCCUUCCUUUCUUUCUUUGUUUAUUACUUUCUUUCUUUCUUUCUUUCUUUCUUUCAUCCUUUCUUCCUUUCUUUGUUCGUUCGAAUGUUUGUUUCUUUCUUUCCUUCUUUCUUUGUCUAUUUGUUUGUUUGCUUGUUUCUACCUUUCUCUCUUUCUUUCUUUGUUUCUCGGUUUCUUCCUUUGUUCGUUUCUUUCUUUCUUUCUUUCUUUCUUUCUUUCUUUCUUUCUUUAUUCUUUUCUUCGUUCGAUUGUUUGUUUCUUUCCUUCUUUGUUUAUUUGUUUGCUUGUUUCUACCUUUAUCUCUUUCUUUCUUUCUUUCUUUCUUUCUUUCUUUCUCGGCUAUUUUCUUUCUUUCUUUCUUUCUUUCUUUCUUUCCUUCUUUCUUUCUUUCUUUCUUUCUUUCUUUGUUGGAUAAGCUCUUCGAAACGCUUUCUUUCUUUUUGGAUCAUCUCUUCGAAGUGCUUUCUUUCUUCCCUCUUUCUUUCUUUUUGGAUCAGCUCUUUCAAACUCUUUUUCUUUCCUCCUUUCUUUCUUUCUUUCUUUCUUUCUUAGUUGGAUCAGCUCUUUCAAACUCUUUUUCUUUCCUUCUUUCUUUCUUUCUUUCUUUCUUUCUUAGUUGGAUCAGCUCUUUCAAACUCUUUUUCUUUCCUUCUUUCUUUCUUUCCCUCUUUCUUUCUUUCUUUCUUUCUUUCUUUCUUUCUUCCCAAUUCCUUUAUUCCUUCUUUCUUUGUUGGAUCAGAUUUAUUCAAUCUUUCUUUCUUUGUUGGAUCAUCUCUUCGAAAUGCUUUCUUUCUUUCUUUCUUUCUUUCUUUCUUUCUUUCUUUCUUUCUUUCUUUCUUUUUAUAAUUCAUUUAUUCUUUCUUUCUUUCCAAUUCCUACAUUCCUUCUUUCUUAGUUGGAUCAGCUCUUUCAAACUCUUUUUCUUUCUUUCUUUCUUUCUUUCUUUCUUUCUUUCUUUCUUUGUUGGAUCUUCCCUUCGAAAUGCUUUCUUUGCAAGUUUUUCUACAUUUGAUACUAUCUUUCUUUCUAUCUUUCUUCUCCCAUUUCUCUAUAUUUCGUCCUCGUUCGGAUACCUUUAUUCUUUCUUCGAUCUCUUCUUAAAUAAUUAA